AGCCGCUCAAUUGCCCCGGGCCCGCGUGCAAUUCCCCAUCGCCCAGGCUAUCAGCCGCCCCAGCUUCAGCACCUCCGCUCAGCGCUACUCUGGCCACCACGAGGACGAGACCUUCGAGGAGUUCUCUGACAGGUAUGCAAUCAUAAUUUGCCGAGCCAUUGGAGACAGAUGCAAGCCCGUUGGUCCGGACUCGGUCGCAACGUGCAGUCGAACCCGAGAAGCCCGGCCCCUUCUGAUGCCUUGACUAUGGGCAUUACCUCGCUCUCUACUUCAAACCCGUCAACAACCUCACCUCUAACCCACCCUGUCGAUAGAUUCGAGAAGGAAUUCGACGGUGUCCAGGAUGUCUUCGAGCUCCAGCGCAACCUGAACAACUGUUUCGCCUACGAUCUCGUCCCCUCCGUUGAGGUCCUCACCGCCGCUCUCAAGGCUGCCCGUCGUGUCAACGACUUCCCCACUGCCGUCCGUGUCUUCGAGGGCAUCAAGGCCAAGGCCGAGACCAAGGAACAGUACAAGCAAUACCUCGAGGCUCUUGAGUCGCUCCGCCUGGAGCUGGGUGUUCCUCUCCGUGAGGAGCUCUACCCCGAGGAGCAGUAAACGCAGAAACCUAAACCCUCUGUGUCCGGAAUUAACACGUCUCGUCGUUUUAUCUUUUUUUU